GACAUGACAUCGACAGCAAACUCGUCAGUGACGUUUAGACUUGAAGAAAAAGUUUCCUUCCUGGAGCUUGAUAGAAUAACUGGACAGUUAUGGUUUAAACAGAACAACUGGAGUAGGGACGAAGAAAAUUCACACAAUCUUGUUGUUACCGCAAAAAAAUCUAACGGUGAAGCAGCACGAAUGACGCUCGACAUGAAAAUAAUUAAAAUUGACGAUAUCAACGGUUUCUGUGGAAAAUUUUUAUGCUUCUAUGAGUCUAUAACUUAUCAUACGGUUGAAGAUUUUAAUAACAGCUUUAAACCGCACGAAAUCGGAAGCUUAGCACCGAAAAUUUAUGGACGGUUAUGUAAAUUUUUUGACGUUCGUUACGAACUGGUAAAUGCUACCGAUUUUAUAACAAUCAAGAACAAUAAACUGUUUACAUCUGCUCCAUUAAAUCACGAAAUGAUGUCCCCGGGACCUGAAUUGAAAAUUGCUGUUCAAUGUCACCUUAAGUCCAAAGCAACAAUAAAAUUACAAAUUUGA